AUGCCUUACCCAGCAAUUUGGACAAGAUCGCAACGGGGUCAAUUGUCAGCAGAUUAUGAAAGUGUUGCUUUUCCUGGCAACACGUUUAUUUUCCUUCAUAAGCGUAGAACUCAACAUUGUUCCUAUUUUCGAUGCGCAUAUUGUGCUAAGGCGUUAAAGCUUCGAAUCAAACGUAAGGCAACAAGAUUAACAAUACCUAUAGUUCGGGCUUCUCUUGAGGAAGGAUUUUUGGAUGAUCCAGAUAAUCCAUUUCACCGGCAUUUUUGUAUUGAUGAAGAAGAAGUUGAUACAACAACAUAUGCAGCUAAAGCUAGAUAUAUUUACAAUAAAGUAAAAUUAGAAUUGUUGGAUAUGCCAAUGACGCCUCGUCAGGCUUGGCUUCAAAUGGAAGCUGAAGUUAUUGCCAAUUUUCCUGAUACUCUGACACAACAAGAAAUCAUUCGGCGUUUACCAACUGAUAAAUCAGCAAAAAGAAGUUUUGCUAGGCGUAGCUCUAUUGGGAAACGGAAUUUGGUCGAAGACCUGGCUAUUUUCGGAAAAGAUUAUAAGGAACCUGUAGUUGAAAUUGAAGCAAAAAAUGAAUUUGAAGCAGAUGAUCUUUCUCUUCUUUUGGAUGCUGGUUUGGUGGAAGACAACAAAAGUUCUGAUUUUUUAAAAGCUGAUUCUUCAAAAGUUCCUUUAGAUUUAUUGAAAUCAAGAUCUCCACGCCCUCCAUGGAUUUGUUCUCCUGGACGAGAAAAACUCGCAAAUUUUUUCCUUAUUCAUCGUGAAUGCCGUCCAGAUUCUCCUCAUUUUAUGGUCUUUUCUGAUAUGAUGGGAAUUAAUUUAAUUCAUAAAUGUGCAGAUAUUGUUUGUGAUGGAAAUUCAAGUUUUUACCCCUAUGGAUUCGCACAAUUAUAUACAUUCCAUGCUGUCCAUCAUUCAAUUCCAGAAGAGGCUCAUCUUUGCGCUUUUGCUCUUUUACCGAAGUUUUUUUUAAUUUUUGAGAAAAGAAUCUUGACCAAAAAUUCCAUAAUUAUUUUUAUACCAUCGGGUAGAGCAUGA